UGUCAACGGAAUCAGAUGAUUGUGGGUGUUUCGCGAAUCGCGGUUAUGGACGACGACGGAUUUGCGCGACAACAAUUUCGUCGUUCAUCGUAAUUCCAGCCGCAGCCCGUCCUCCUCAAUGUCAUCGCCGAUCCUACUGCAGUAGUCGUCUCAAAUAUCGAAACAUUGGGCCGUAGUCAGAAGCUCAGAUGUGGCACUAGAAAAUGAUCAGUACGAUGCCAUGGAGAAGUUUCCACUGAAGGGCACAUCAUCAACUUCAUUGAGCAAUCCAAAUGCCAGUCCACUUACAACCUAUAAAUCGGUUGAUGCCAAGAGAGGCAAUGGCAUAGAAAGUAGUAGUAUUGAUAACCCAAGAAGUGGAAUUCUGAGCCGGGGUAGUUUAAGCAGUGAUGAAGACAUGUUGGACGUAAAGCAGCAAACUGCCUCUCAUCAACAAGACACCAAUCAGUUAUUCGAGAGAAGCAUUCGAGUUGAUGAUGGAGCCUCUCACUUCUCGGCCGACUCGGAUGAUAUCCCUGGUAUUGGCCAAUAUGAUGACUUUCAUACCAUUGAUUGGCAAAGAGACAUUGCCAGAGAUCGUAUGCAUCACAGAUAUAUACUGAAAAAGAAGCAUGACUCUGUAUGGGAUUUGAUUAAAGGAGCUCACGACGCUUGGUCAGGAUGGCUCUGUGUUUUAAUUGUUGGUGUUUUCACUGGAGUGACAGCUGGUGUCAUAGAUAUAGGAGCAUCAUGGAUGUCCGAUCUUAAAUUUGGUAUUUGUCCACAAGCAUUUUGGUUGAACAAAGAACAGUGUUGUUGGAGUUACACUGAAUCUUCUUUUGAUGGUGAUAACUGUACACAGUGGAGAGAAUGGCCUGAAGUUUUUAAUCAAUCCAAGUAUGGAGUAGGUCCAUACAUUCUUUCCUACAUGUUUUACAUAGCAUGGGCACUUUUAUUUGCUUCUCUGUCUGCAUCUUUGGUGCGGAUGUUUGCUCCAUAUGCUUGUGGUUCUGGUAUACCUGAGAUUAAAACAAUUUUAAGUGGAUUCAUUAUCCGAGGUUAUUUGGGUAAAUGGACGUUAAUCAUUAAGUGUGUGGGUCUUAUACUCUCUGUAUCAGCGGGUCUAAAUCUCGGAAAGGAAGGGCCGAUGGUUCAUAUUGCCUGCUGUAUUGGUAACAUUUUUUCCUAUCUGUUUCCUAAGUACGGUAGAAACGAGGCAAAGAAGAGGGAAAUUUUAUCGGCUGCGGCAGCAGCUGGAGUGUCUGUGGCUUUCGGAGCACCUAUAGGAGGUGUGCUUUUUAGCUUGGAAGAAGUCAGUUAUUACUUUCCGCUCAAGACAUUGUGGCGCUCGUUUUUCUGUGCUCUCGUAGCUGCAUUCGUAUUAAGAUCCAUCAAUCCGUUUGGAAACAAACAUUCUGUAUUAUUCUUUGUGGAAUAUAACAAGCCAUGGAUAUUCUUCGAACUUAUUCCUUUUAUUAUUCUCGGAAUCAUCGGAGGAAUUAUUGGUACGCUAUUUAUUCGAGCCAAUCUUCGUUGGAGCCGGUACCGCAAAUCUUCCAAGCUUGGACAGUAUCCAGUAACAGAAGUAUUAGUUGUAACUGUUAUCACUGCAGUUAUUGCUUAUCCUAAUCCCUACACGAGAAUGAGCACUAGCCAGCUCAUUUACUUGCUAUUUAGAAAAUGCGGUGUAUCCGACACUGAUAUGCUCUGUGACUAUCAGCGAAACUUGCAAACAUUCAAUUGGGCGCCGAUUUACCUUCUGAUAUUGGCUUUCGUUUUUAAGUUUAUAAUGACCAUAUUCACUUUUGGCAUGAAAGUGCCCUGUGGUCUAUUUAUACCGUCCCUUUGUUUCGGAGCUAUCACUGGACGCAUAUUCGGAAUAGGCAUGGAACAGCUCGCCUAUCACUAUCCCCACAUAUGGAUGUUCAGCGAUGAGUGCUCCAAUGGUGAAGAUUGUAUUACACCCGGAUUGUAUGCGAUAGUCGGCGCGGCUGCCGUAUUGGGAGGUGUUACGAGGAUGACGGUUUCUUUGGUUGUUAUCAUGUUCGAGUUGACGGGUGGAGUAAGGUAUAUUGUUCCAUUGAUGGCAGCCGCUAUGGCCAGCAAGUGGGUCGGAGAUGCCCUGGGUAAGCAAGGAAUCUACGAUGCCCACAUCGGGCUCAACGGAUAUCCGUUCCUUGACAGCAAGGACGAGUUCCAACAUACGACCCUAGCUGCAGACGUCAUGCAACCAAAGCGCAACGAGACUCUGCACGUACUUACUCAAGACUCGAUGACAGUGGAGGAUGUUGAGAAUCUUUUGAAGGAAACCGAGCACAACGGUUUCCCGGUCAUAGUUUCGCGAGAGUCCCAGUAUCUGGUGGGUUUCGUUUUGCGAAGAGAUCUUAAUUUGGCUCUUGCCAAUGCCAAGCGUAUGCUAGAAGGCAUAAACAGACAGUCCCUGGUAGUCUUCACGAGCGGAAACAACAUACAGACUCACGCGCAUCCGCCGCUAAAGUUGAAGAAGAUCCUGGACAUGGCUCCGAUUACCAUUACGGAUCAGACGCCGAUGGAGACAGUUGUUGAUAUGUUUAGGAAAUUGGGAUUGAGACAAGUGCUCGUCACGCAUAACGGGCGAUUGCUGGGAGUGAUCACCAAGAAGGAUGUCCUGAGACACGUGAAACAACUGGAUGACGAAGAUCCCAAUUCCGUAUUAUUUAAUUAAUUCAUAGUUUUUCACAUAAAUUGUCCUUAUAACUGAAGCAGCGCUAAAUAACUCAAUCGAUAGAUGACGAUAGUCUGAUAGGUAUGUAUGCCGGAGGACAGUGUUAUUUAACGCUGCGACAUCGUGGCAGAUCGCGAAAUUUGCAAAAUAAAACAUCACCAAAUUCUGGAUGUAGGUAUUGAAUGAAGCGCCACGAUUGCAUUACUCGUGAGCGAGCUGUAUGUACGACCCCUUCAUAGCCUCCCUCUCCAGUCCUUUUAUUUUUAUGGUAUUAUAUAUAGUCAAUUGUGUAAUUUAAUCUAUUAUAUCAAGUAUGUUAUAGUCGAUGUUCUCGAAUCUUGCUGUUUAUAUAAAAAAAAAGAAAGAAAAAUAACAAAGGAAUAAAUCCCAGAGUCAGUUCUUAUUGUAUUCGAGUUACAUUGAUGUUUUAAAUGGAGAACGAACAAAAAACAAAAGUGUAAUAUUGACCUUUGCAAUUGGGAGUCGAACAAGUUGCGAGAACGUCGAUAGAGGGAUAUAUAAGAAACGAUGAGCGCAUUAUUUUUCUCAUCCGAAAUUUGUACUGAAAUUUCAUCCGAGAUGUAUAUAAUUUUAAGCAAUGAAAAUGUCUGGCAUCUUCAUGACAAGCCGCCGACUUGCGCUUCACUGGGUGCAAUAACGCGGGCAAAUGUGAUCGCUAAUGCGUUGUUUACUUUUGUUUGGCGUCCUCUGAAUAUUGCCCAGUUUCGUAUAUAAUUGUGAAUAUGAAUAUAAAAUUGAUCAAUUAAGUGAUUGGAUGAUUUUUUUAAAGACGCAGUGCAGGAAUAAGAAUAUUGGAGUGCCGAGAAAAACACAAUGUAAUGAAUGAUGAUUAACCUUUUACGCAGUUUAAGUUACUAAAAGGACAGGAACAUUUGACGAAUCUGACAGAAAUGUUUGUUUACCGAACAGCACACAUCUCUAUUCAUUAAUUCAGUAUGGUUUGAAACACGUUAUUUUUAUACUUUUAACGCUUGGAUGUAUAAAUUCUUUGUUAAAUAUAAUAAUCUAUAUUAAAACAUUGUA